AUGAGCCGCACCAUGAGGGAAUCUGUCAUCGGCGCCGGCCGCAGCAAUUCUCUGCUCAACCACCGCCGCGGACCCAGCCUCAACGGAGCUCCUAGUGCCAAGGAUUCUGCCGACGAUCAUUUGGAUCUCUUCUCCAAGAGCCGCCGCAGCCUCUCCGUCGCCUCCUCCGAUGAGUCCGAUGUUCCUGUGAGAUUGGGGAGACUGUCACUUGGAUCAGCAAAACAGGGAAAGAGUGGAUUGGAGGAUUUAUUUUCAUCAGCUGAAGGAGGAAAGCACGAUUAUGAUUGGCUUCUUACUCCUCCCGGAACGCCAUUGGUCUCUUCUUCGGAUGGAAAUGAAUCUUCAACAGGUCUUACGGCUCGAAGAAAUGGUCCAUUGGUUAGAUCAGUAUCAACCACCAAAGCCUCACGGUUGUCGGUAUCUCAUUCAGAGAACAACCAUACUGCAAGACCAACUCGAAGCAGUUCGGUGACAAGACCUUCUGUUUCUAGCUCGCAAUAUAGCACAUAUUCUAAUAACAGAUCAACCUCGAUCCUCAAUACAAGCUCUGCAUCUGUUUCGUCUUACAUCAGACCAUCAACUCCUACCUACCGCUCCUCAUCAAUAGCCAGGCCUUUAACCCCUUCUACCCGCCCGACCUCGUCACGCUCUACAACUCCUGCUAAACUCCGCCCGUCUCUCAGCACAUCUUCAGUUGAUAAACCGAGACCAUCCCAAAGCUCGAGACCGUCUACUCCUACAUCAGGGCCUCAAAUUUCAGCAAACUCGACUUCUACAGCUCCCCGGAGUACAUCUAGGCCGUCAACACCCACUCGUCGGAAUUCUGCUCCAUCUUUAUCUCCCGCAUCGGGUCCUUCAACUCCAGGUGGACCCCGCAGUAGUCUCACCAAUGGGCGUAGUAGUGUUGGCUCGAUUUCUCGGCCGAGCUCACCUGGACCGCGAAUUCGGACGCCACCUCAGCCGAUCAUGCUCCCUGAUUUUCCACUUGACACACCACCAAACCUUCGUACGACAUUGCCUGAUAGGCCGAUAUCUGCUGGUAGGUCUAGACCUGGUGUGACCCUUUCUGCAAAAGGGAAUGGUGAGCCUCCACCGAAUAAUGCUGCAGUUAGGAGACAAUCGUCACCAAUUGUCAGCAGGGGAAGACUUGCAGAACCCAUUGGGAAGGGCCGGAUAACUGGCAAUGGACAUCUGGCUGAUGCAGUGGAUUCUCGGAGAGAGCUUUCGACACGUAAACCUUUAAAGACAUCUGCUGACAACAGCACUGGGUUUGGCCGUACAAUUUCCAAGAAAUCUCUUGACAUGGCGAUUCGACAUAUGGAUAUAAGAAAUGGAAGCAAUGGGGUUCGUCCUCUUACUGGCUCGAAUCUGUUUCCUCAAAGCAUUCGAUCCACCAACCAGAAAACUCAACCAGGUGCAGCAGUGUCUAGCAAUGGGAGUCUAUCCAACAAUGGUAAUGGUGCCAUUGCAGAGAACACAUACCGAUUUUCUGAAAAUGGGGGUGAGGAAGAAAAGUCUCAGUAUUCGGCAAAAUUGAGCAACAGUGAUAUUUAUGAAAGUUCCCGCUAUGACAUGAUACUUCUGAAAGAGGAUAUGAAGAAUGCAAAUUGGCUUCACAGCCUUGAUGAUAAAUCGGACCAAGGAUCCAUCUUUGAUCAUGGAUUUGAACUUCUUCCUGAACCAUUUGGUCCCUUGUAA